AAGAGCGGGGGUGGACCCGUCAAACCCCACGUGCUACUUGCGUAGCCUCAGUGCUUCAAUCAAGCUCAGUGGCGUAGGCCGAAAGACGAGUGUGCGAUCAAGCCGCGGAGUUCUGUGACACCGACACACACCAUGCUGCUGGAGCCGAGCAAAGGAGCCUCUUCAGGGGGCUUUUAACUCGCUACAGGCGUAAAGGGAGAAAUGCUGUCGCAGCGUCUAAAGGAACCCCUCUGUUCUGGUUGCCUUCACUGUCAACAACAGUCGUUCUGCAGCUCCGCUCGCGGCUCCCAUCGGGUCAUCUAACGGCGCCGCACCGAGGAAAUCCCUGGGACUAUGUGAGCAUCAUGCUCGCUGUGAGAUGCUUGCUGUUCGCUGCAGUGUGUGCACGGUACGCCGUAACAGCUCUCCUGUCCUCUGCAGGUCUGAGGGAACGGGUGAGUGUGGAGGAAGGACUGCCGCCUGCAGAAGAGCUCGUUCAGCCCAAGCGGCUCCUGCAACAGAUCCACUCCCAGGAAGAGCUGCUCCACAGCCGCCUGGACACCCGGGUCAAAAACUACACAGCCGGAGCACAGCCCCUUCAUCUGGCCCAGAGCAGCUUCUUGGUGGAGGCCUUUGGCACAUCCUUCAUCCUUGACCUGGAACUCAACCACAAUCUCCUGUCUACAGACUAUUUGGAACGUCACUAUGAUGAGGAUGGGCAGCUGUCACAGAAUAUGGGAGGAGAGCAUUGCUACUACCAUGGGCGUGUGCGGGGGCUGCCGGGCUCCUGGGCUGCUCUGUCCACCUGCCACGGCCUCCAGGGGAUGUUUUCUGACGGGAACUUUUUGUACGGUAUUGAACCGGCCAGUGGAGAGGAGCAGAAUGACCACAUUGUGUAUCGUAUGCCGGACGUUGACCUCUUCCCACCUCCCUGUCCAGGGUGCUCUGUAAACAGCACAAAGCACAGCCACGUUGAGGGAGACGGUGAGCUGAAGGAUGAAGACGACUGGUCUGAAGAGGACAAGCCCAUCUUUACAGAAGGCCUGAGACGCUCAAAAAGACAAGUGCGGCGAGGCCAGCGCACAGUCCAGACUGAGACCAAGUACAUCGAGCUGAUGGUGGUCAACGACCAUGAACUGUUUGUGCAGCUUCGACGGUCGUCCGCUCAGACGAAGAACUUUGCCAAAGCAGUGGUGAACAUGGCCGACGCAAUCUACAAGGAGCAGCUCAACACUCGCAUCGUCCUGGUGGCCAUGGAAACCUGGUCUUCUGAAAACAGGGUCUCUGUGGGCGAUGACGCCUUGCUCACCCUGCGCGACUUCAUGAAGUACAGGAAGGAGAGCAUCAAGGAACGCUGUGACGCCGUUCACCUCUUCUCUGGGAGAACGUUCAUGAGCAGCCGCAGUGAGGCGGCCUACAUCGGAGGCAUCUGCUCAAUUACUAGGGGUGGAGGCAUCAACGAGUUUGGCAGUGUGGGCCCUAUGGCCAUCACAUUGAGCCAGAGUCUUGGCCAGAACAUCGGCAUGCUGAGAAACAAAGAGCGACUGGCUGCAGGAGACUGCAGGUGUCCAGACCCAUGGCUGGGCUGUAUCAUGGAGGACACAGGUUACUACCUGCCCAGGAAGUUCUCUCGCUGCAGUAUAGACGAGUACCUGCGCUUCCUCCAACAGGGAGGAGGCAGCUGUCUCUUCAACAAGCCCAGCAAGUUGUUAGACCCACCCGAGUGUGGGAAUGGAUAUGUGGAGCUGGGAGAGGAAUGUGACUGUGGAUCACUAGUGGAGUGUGCACGGAGUGGAGCCAACUGCUGUAAGAAGUGUACCCUUACCCACAAUGCUAUGUGCAGCAACGGGCUCUGCUGCAGGGACUGCAAGUACGAGCUGAGAGGGGUGACUUGCCGUGACGCUGUUAACGACUGUGACAUCCCUGAGAACUGCAUGGGAGACUCCAGCCAGUGUCCUCAUAAUGUCCACAAACUAGAUGGCUACAUGUGUGAUGCUGGACAGGGUCGGUGUUAUGGGGGCCGCUGUAAGACCAGAGAUGGCCAGUGCAGGACACUGUGGGGCUACAACUCAGCUGACAGGUUCUGUUAUGAAAAGCUGAACUCUGAGGGUACAGAGAAAGGAAACUGUGGCCCGGACUCCAGCGGUCAGGGAUGGGUGCAGUGCAACAAGCAAGAUGUCCUGUGCGGUUUGCUACUGUGCACCAAUCUAACAGAAAGGCCGAGGUUUGGUGAACUGCAGGGGAGGCUCACCAGUCUGACUAUCCACCAUCAGAACAGAUACAUGGACUGCAGAGGCGGCCAUGCAGUGCUGGAUGACGGGUUGGAUAUGGGCUACGUGGAGGACGGGACGCCAUGUGGGCCGAACAUGAUGUGUUUGGAGCGUCGCUGUCUCCCUGUCACCACCUUUAACCUCAGCACCUGCCCGGGCUCCUCAACCUCACGCAUCUGCUCCCACCACGGGACUUGCAGCAACGAGGUGAAGUGUAUCUGUGAUCCAGACUACACUGGGAAGGACUGUAGCGUGUUUGACCCGAUCCCCAUCCCCACCCCGCCAGAGGGCCCAGAGAAACACAGAGGUCCCAGUGGUACCAAUAUUAUAAUAGGUUCGGUUGCUGGUGCAAUACUGGUGGCAGCGAUAGUCCUGGGGGGAACUGGCUGGGGAUUUAAAAACAUCCGAAGAGGAAGAUCCUCGGGUUGAGUCAUAUCUAUUUGCUGUCCUGUCUUCCUUACACUGUGUCCAGUCCAUUCUGAGGAGACAAAACAAAGAUGUCUUGCACUUACGAUCCUUUAGACUUUUCUGGUUUCCUUUUCGGAUUUUAUUAACACGGUUUGUAUUCACCUCUUGGAAAGACUAAUUAUUAGUUUUUAAAUACGGUCCAACCAGAUCUGAAAGACUGUCUGAGAUUGUCAGGAUCCAAAAGUUAGCGACCUCCUCUUUUGUGCUCUUUUUUUUUUUUUUUUUGCUUCAUUUUUGUUCUUGCAGGACUUACACACAUAGCCCUUUACUUAAGUGUGUUUACUCAACCUUUCGGUUUUCUUGUCCCUUCCACUGGUUACAGCUGAUUUUUCUUCCAUAUGGAUAUGGCUUAACCCCUUCAAGUGAUUUCAUAGAAGAAGGCUAUGUACUUUUCCUAGUUUGGACUUUUUUGGGAAGUCUUCUGUUUUAAAACAUAUUUAACCUCAUGGAGAACACACACCUUCUCUCAGUGGUGUGACUUAAACUGCAAUAGAAGUGUAUAAAUCACCAAAUAGUGAAAGUUGACAUUUUAUUUGUCUAGAUGAGUUAUUCUUUACAUUUACAUUCCACAGUAAUAGCCACACGUUCUCCUCUUAUGCUGCCUUUCAUUAUCAAACAGUAAUCCAUACUAGUUUAAUGCUUCUACAUAAUAUGCAUUAAUGUAUGAAUGUAUAGCUCAGGCCUGCAAGGAAGCUAGUUGUGUGUCUGUGUCGAUGACAUCCAAGUACUUUUCAGUACCACACACCGGAUGUUUUUAUUCUGCUGUAUGAUAAUGUAAUCAACACAAAACUUAUAUGCAUACAAGUAUGCUGAACAUGGGUGCUGAUGUACAUAGUGUAUAAUAAGGUUGACUCAUUUAGACAGCAGUGACUCACUGCCGCUCUGAAUGGAAGCACAAGUCUGGAAAGAAAAGACUCUUUCAACCUCUCAGCUUAAAACUGCUUGUUUUUGAAGAUUUAAUUGGCUAAAGACAAUCUUUGCAGUUUAGGGAAGUUUGAGCACCUCUUGGUUUCUAAAAUACUAGAAUGCCUAAACAUUUGGGCUACAAGAGAAAAAUGUGCUUGUGUUGUAUAUUUCGCAUAUGCCUCAAAGAGAUUUUCAAGCUGCGGAUUUAUGACACAGAUAUCCAAACUCAGAUUUAACACAGGAUAUCCUUCAAAGACACACAUGCACAUACAUUAUAAUUCGGCUUCUAUGUGCUCAGUCAAGCUGAGGUAAUAGUAGAAAUGUCAAUCUCAAAUGUGCUUCAUCUCUAAAUGGUGUCAGAUAAUUUAUUUCUGACUGAACAGAUUGAUAUGAUAAGCAGUCAAUUUGCUCAUUAAAAAAAUGUCAGAAGAAUAUUCUCCCUUUAGAAUGAAAAGUUGUAUUCUGCAGCUUUCAUAUGCAUCACUCAGUCCAAUUAUCCUCUCUGGACAUCUGAGAGUCUAAAAUCGUAAAGGUUUAUAUGAUGUCCUCCUGUGAUUGGUAUUACCGUAUGUACAAAGACUGCUUGUGAAGCUUGUUUUCACUAACGAACUAUAAGGAACUGCACAAUAGCACAGGUGCCGCAACUGAUGAUCCAAGUUACACUGCCAAUGAACCUGCAGUAGCAUUAAGGGAAUACGUUGACAUUUUCUCUGCCUCCUAAAACAAUAAAAAAAAAAGCUUUGACAUUCCUAAUUGACAAAGAAGAUGCUUAAAAAAGGCAAAUUGUCUUAUUUAAAAUGUCAAUGUGCAUCCCUUUAAUGCUCUUAAUUCCGUUUCAUGCUGUAUGAAAUCUAAUGCUCAAGGACAGACUUGGCUGAAAGCUCAGGUCAAACUGUGUUUACCGCCACAUUGCAGUUGAAUUUAUCAAAGGAUUUUGGCCCCAUUCACACAUGGAAGUCAACAUUGUUUAGUCUCACUGGAAGGUAACCAGUAUUAGCUUAUAAUGUAAAUACUCUUAUUGUUGUAUAUUAAAUUACAUAUUAAAACAUAUCUGAAUAACCAUGA